AUGUCUAACUCAAAAGAAAUUAUUUCGGAGAUGGAGAAAGAAACAAACGACGAAGUAAAUAUCUCUAUUGUUCUUGAAAGGAACCCUGAGAAAAUGUUUAUACGUGUAAGUAAAGACAUUAUCUCAAGAAAAAAACAAGUAGAAGAAGAAGUAGAAGACGAAAUAGAAGAAGAAGUUGUACCCGAUGUAGUUGAAAUAGAAGACGAAAAAUUAAAUUGUUAUUUUGUUAACGUUUUAAGACAGUUCUUCAGACAAAUCAUGGAAUGUAUACCGCGUAGGGUCCGACGAAUGCGUCAGCGUUAAUUCGACAAAUAAAGUAUUAUAGUUAUCCUCAUCCUAUCCCCCAACCAAUAAACACCAAUACCAAUUUAUUACUUAAACCUAACCGUACCGCUUUACGAAUAAUAAAACAAUAAUCUAAUACAAUUUUUCAAAAAAAUAUCUACUUUAACCUAAU